CACAGAUGUGUUCUGUCCUGGACGCAAAAGGAACAACUGGUUAUAAGUUUGUGUUGUUUUCGGUUAAUUUAUAAAGUUCCCGACGACUCCAAGUGGAUGAUAGGCAAGCCGAGGUGUCCAUAGGUUCGAGUGUUUGAUAUUAUCCACGAUGGGGGAAGAUUUCCUCUCUCUCAAGUGGAACAACCACAAACCUGCGUUCUUCCACCUCCUGCGAAUACUUCGGGAAAAGGGAUGCUAUACUGACGUAACCCUGGCCUGUGGCGCAAAGUUCUUCGCCGUCCAUCGUCUGGUGCUGAUGGCGUGUAGUGACUUCUUCACCGAGGUGUUUGAACACACCCAGUGCCAAAAACCUGUGAUCGUGCUGAAGGAUAUUAAGAGUCACGAGCUGGAAGCUCUCUUGGACUAUAUGUACCUGGGUGAGGUUGAUGUUCAGCAGACGGACCUUCCGGGUCUAAUUAAGGCUGCGGAAUGUCUUCGAAUAAAGGGUCUGGCCGUUCCGGACGAGGACCCUUCCCAACCCCUCAGACCGGAGGCUCCGAUGGGAGGGGAGCGGCCGGCAAAACGGCGGAGACAAGAUCGGGAGGCGAGAGACAGCGACCGGGGAACCACGAGAUCUCACAGUGGGGACAGAGGGUGCCAUGGAACGCCCUCCGAAGAGGUGACGCAGUAUGGACACCACCGAACGGAGGUGAUGCAGGGGGGUGGCGAAGUCGAAACCUCCAAUAAGUGCAUUAUACCUCAGGCGGAUGAUGACGCCUCUCACCUCACCACUCAGGAAGCAUCAGUCGUCCAGCGUACGGACAGCCUCCAUGUACAACAGGAGUCAGAAGUGUCGCCCACACGAAUACACGAUGUGCGGAUGCACCACGACUCUCGGAUGCAACAUGACAUGCGGGCUCAUGACUCCCGCUCGCAACCUGAGCCACGGAUUCAACACGAAUCGCACGUGCAACACGACAUAGAAGUGUACUCGCAAAAUGCGGCCGAAAUCAAAACCGAACAUUGUGAUAUUAACGAGGAGAUGGAGAACGGGGGAUUAAAAAGCGAAAUAUCGGAGAUACAGGGUGACCCCAUGAACGAGUCGUCUGGGGGUGGUGGUGACUUCUCGCAUUUCCUCUCGGUGGAAGAGAACCUGGCACACCACAUGUUUCAAACUGCACACCAGGCAGGACCCUCUGGUGUACACAGAGCGGCGGGCCGAGACAGCAGCUCGGAAGUCAGCGGGGAAGAUGGCAGUGGCAACCGAGGUGGUGUUGGCGGCAGCAUGUACCCCUCUCACCUGCUGGGGGACAUCGCUCCUGAGGGCGCGGCGACGCUUUCCAACCAGUCGGGACUGGUGAUGACCGAGGGGCCGGUGAUACGGGACGAGCAGGGUCGCUUGUGCUACCGCUGCUUCUACUGUCCGCGCAUUGACUCCGACAAGAGCAAGUGGCGGCGACAUCUGCGCACUCACACAGGCGAAAAGCCCUACCAGUGCACCAAAUGCCCUUACCGCGCAACUACCAAACAUGCCGUCGUGCGACACGACAAGUUCAGACAUUCUGUCGAGGGCGUUGCACUCUAGGAGAUGCUCCACGGCGAACCCUACUCGACUUCGGUGCAGUUAUUUAUAUUUCUCAAUGUGAUUUGUGCAGUUACAAACUUGAUAAACAGUUAAGCUCCCUUCUUCGCUAGAGUUUUAGUUGACAAAUUAUGUUUUUUGUUAAGUGAAAAGUUCUUGGUUAGGCAAGGCAUUUUUGGUUAGGUGAGGCAUUUUUGGUUAGGCGAGGCAUUUUUGGUUAGGUGAGGCAUUUUUGGUUAGGUGAGGCAUUUUUGGUUAGGCGAGGCAUUUUUCACAUGUAAGGAGGAUUUUUUAGUUUAAUUUCUGACUGCCCAAAGAUGACUUACGAAAAGCAAGAAGCAUAACCCAGUUACUGCUACGCAGGUGAUUCUUGACUUAUGAUGGCUCAAUUGACGACGUUUCAACUUUACUAUGGUGCGGCAGCAAUUACUUUGGAGAUGAAACUUAAGAUAAUUACCCAACAUGAAGGCAACAAGUCCAUAACUUGUAUCGUACUGGUAUUUAGUUAAAGUAAUUAUUUGUUUACUUAUUCAGUGGCAGUAGUUAUUUAUUGACUUAUUUAUUUAGCACGUAUUCAUAUUCAUAUUCUUAUUCAUAUUCAUAUUCAUAUGACACUCUUCAGGUCACUUGUUCUAUCUAGGCUGGAAUAUUGCUGCACUCUAACAGCACCUUUCAAGGCAGGUGAAAUUGCCGACCUAGAAAAUGUACAGAGAACUUUCACGGCGCGCAUAACGGAGAUAAAACACCUCAAUUACUGGGAGCGCUUGAGGUUUCUAAACCUGUAUUCCCUGGAACGCAGGCGGGAGAGAUACAUGAUUAUAUACACCUGGAAAAUCCUAGAGGGACUAGUACUGAACUUGCACACGAAAAUCACUCACUACGAAAGCAAAAGACUUGGCAGACGAUGCACCAUCCCCCCAAUGAAAAGCAGGGGUGUCACUAGCACGUUAAGAGACCAUACAAUAAGUGUCAGGGGCCCGAGACUGUUAAACUGCCUCCCAGCAUACAUAAGGGGGAUUACCAACAGACCCUUGGCAGUCUUCAAGCUGACACUGGACAAGCACCUAAAGUCGGUUCCUGACCAGCCGGGCUGUGGCUCGUACGUUGGUUUGCGUGCAGCCAGCAGCAACAGCCUGGUUGAUCAGGCUCUGAUCCACCAGGAGGCCUGGUCACAGAUCGGGCCGCGGGGGCGUUGACCCCCGGAACUCUCCCCAGGUAAACCCCAGGUAACUAUGGGUUUGUCAGAAUUUAACGCCAUCAUAAGUUGAGAAGCACCUAUACAGUUAUCAGUCAGUACUCACCUAUUUGCAGGGGUCGAGUCCAAGCUCCUGGCUUCUGGGUGAAUCCCCAGUCACUAAAAAGGGUCAAGCAUUACCAUUGAAAUGAAAAUCAACCCCGUGGAUGACUUAUAAACAACCGUACAGUGAACACUUGAUACAGUGAACUAAUAUUGGGUGAGUGAUAGUGGCGAUUGUGGUGGAAAGAGACGAGAUUAUACCCGAUUGUAACAAUGACAAACACUUCUACAAUUGAUGUAUACUGUGGUCAGUGUUGUCUGAAUUGCUGUUCUAGUGGAUUGGUCCCUGUGCUUACCAAAUAUUUUAAGUUGAGAUCUGUUUGCUUAAGGGUUCAAUGAAUGGUAAACCCCUUAGUGGGACUGGGAAAAGGGCUGGACGUAAGACUUGCCGUGACCGUAGGAUUGAUAAGGAUUGACAGUAUGAGAACUGAAGAAUAACCCACAAUAUCAAGGCUGCUACAAUUUAUAAAUAACCCACAAUAUCAAGGCUGGUACAAUUUAUAAAUAACCCACAAUAUCAAGGCUGCAACAAUUCAUAAAUAACCCACAAUAUCAAGGCUGCUACAGUUACAAAUAACCCACAAUAUCAAGGCUGCUACAGUUACAAAUGACCCACAAUAUCAAGGCUGCUACAGUUACUAAUAACCCACAAUAUCAAGGCUGCUACAGUUACUAAUAACCCACAAUAUCAAGGCUACUACAGUUACUAAUAACCCACAAUAUCAAGGCUACUACAGUUACUAAUAACCCACAAUAUCAAGGCUGCUACAGUUACUAAUAACCCACAAUAUCAAGGCUACUACAGUUACUAAUAACCCACAAUAUCAAGGCUACUACAGUUACUAAUAACCCACAAUAUCAAGGCUGCUACAGUUACUAAUAAUCCACAAUAUCAAGGCUGCUACAGUUACUAAUAACCCACAAUAUCAAGGCUGCUACAGUUACUAAUAACCCACAAUAUCAAGGCUGCUACAGUUACUAAUAACCCACAAUAUCAAGGCUACUACAGUUACUAAUAACCCACAAUAUCAAGGCUACUACAGUUACUAAUAACCCACAAUAUCAAGGCUGCUACAGUUACUAAUAAUCCACAAUAUCAAGGCUACUACAGUUACUAAUAACCCACAAUAUCAAGGCUGCUACAGUUACUAAUAACCCACAAUAUCAAGGCUACUACAGUUACUAAUAACCCACAAUAUCAAGGCUGCUACAGUUACUAAUAACCCACAAUAUCAAGGCUACUACGGUUACAAAUGACCCAUUGUUCAUGAAAGAUUAAUUACUUGCAUCCAGGCAUGGUGUGAGAGGUUCGGUCAGUGUGGUGCGGUUCUCGACAUAUACCUUAAACACCGAUAUACGCACUGUUGAUUUCCAGGCCUUUUCAACCCUGGAAGCCUGGCCUUUUACACAACCUCAAUACAUAAUAAACAAAAAGGCACAAUAUCAUGACGAACAAUACACAUAUAACCCGCGCAUAGGAAAGAGAAGCUUACGAUGAUGUGUAGGUCCCACUAGGACCAUUUACACACUACACGUAAUAUGCGAGGAUUUACAAAAUAUCCGCAGGAGGUGUUGACCCCCAGAACACCCUCCAGGUACAUCAGAUAAACUCAAACAUUAAAAUAGUCGCCUGAUAUCCGCGGGAGGUACCUUCCAAGGCCUACCGUGGAUAGUAGUAUUUAUCAAUAAAGAUACCCAGGUGUUACACAGGUGUCUUAUUCAUCAAUAAAGAUACCCAGGUGUUACAUAGGUGUCUUAUUCAUCAAUAAGAUAUCCAGGUGUUACACAGGUGUCUUAUUCAUCAAUAAUGAUAACCUGGUGUUACACAGGUGUCUUAUUUACAACCUGACAGUGUUGGAUUUAUUGGAGAUUUACAACCUGACAGUGUGGGAUUUAUUGGAGAUUUACAACCUGACAGUGUGGGAUUUAUUGGAGAUUUACAACCUUACAUUGUGGGAUUUAUUGGAGAUUUACAACCUUACAUUGUGGGAUUUAUUGGAGAUUUACAACCUUACAGUGUGGGAUUUAUUGGAGAUUUACAACCUUACAUUGUGGGAUUUAUUGGAGAUUUACAACCUUACAUUGUGGGAUUUAUUGGAGAUUUACAACCUUACAGUGUGGGAUUUAUUGGAGAUUUACAACCUUACAUUGUGGGAUUUAUUGGAGAUUUACAACCUUACAGUGUGGGAUUUAUUGGAGAUUUACAACCUGACAGUGUGGGAUUUAUUGGAGAUUUACAACCUGACAGUGUGGGAUUUAUUGGAGAUUUACAACCUUACAUUGUGGGAUUUAUUGGAGAUUUACAACCUUACAUUGUGGGAUUUAUUGGAGAUUUACAACCUUACAGUGUGGGAUUUAUUGGAGAUUUACAACCUUACAUUGUGGGAUUUAUUGGAGAUUUACAACCUUACAGUGUGGGAUUUAUUGGAGAUUUACAACCUCACAGUGUGGGAUUUACAAUAUUUCGCUAAAGAAAUCUCUCGGGCAGGUUCCUUGAUGUUGGUGAAGGGUUCUUGACUCAAGGAAUUGGAGUUGCAUUUCUAAAACAUGAUUACCCUCUAGUGCCCAAGGUGCUGUGUGACCCCCUACAGGUUUAGUGCUUGUCCAUGAAUAUGCAGUUAUAUUAACACUACGAGUAGUGAGAGUGUGAUGACCUGUUUGUAGUUAUAGGGGUCGAGCCAAGAUCGUUGUGUGUCAUCUUUGCUGUUGUGUAUUUUGUAACGAGUGUGACGACCUGUUUGUAGUUACGGGGGUUGAGCCAAGGUUGUGAAUGUAACGAAAAGUGGCAGCAACAAGGGGGCUGCAGCCCCCAUAAUCUUUAUCAGACUCCCCAAUAUAAUAAUAAUAAUAAUGAUAAUAAUAAGGUCUCUAGUGCCCUUCAAGCAGAGUCCGACCCUAAGUUCCUCCUGUAUAAAAAUACUCAAGGCACCCCUGCUAAUGGUAGUCUAUUAUAAAAUAUAUUAAAGUUUGCAGUGAUUGUAGCACUCACUACACUACCUCCUCUAGGAGCUGAAUCCAUUGAUUGACCACUCUGCGAAACAUUGUAUCUCGGGCAGAUGCUAAGACUGACACACUGGUCGAUUCAGACUGCCAUCUGCCAUAGCUUCCUCACUCAUCCACAAGUUAACUUGUUCUUAUCUUUCAAUACAGGAAGUCCCUGCAUGUACACCACCUGUUUUCAUUGUUAUACGUUUUCAUUGGCUUUUAAUUGAGCCGUUGUUCUGUCCGCUGCUAUCUCAGGCAGGUAGAACAUAUUGAACAGUGGCUCAAUUUGAUACCAACGAAAAUGUGGAACAGCGAAAAGGUGGUGAUGUGUAUGUCAGGUCCUCCUGUAUAUAGAUUAUAUCUUGCCAUGUUGACAAAAAUUUCAAGUUUAGCUUUUAAUGAAUAAGACUUUUAACACUGCUCACGUCUCAAAGAUCUGACGAAUCUGACACGAUUUGUU